UGCUGAGCAGGGAAUGUCAUGGGGCUAUAAUUAACUCCUGCCUGCUCCCUCCCUCUUUCCUCCAGGAUGCCAUCCCGCUUGCCAACGGCACGCAGAGGCUUCUGCAAAAUCCCCCGCUCAGCCCUGCUGCUCUCCAGCAGAACCAAAGCGAUGGGGAUCUUCGGGCUCGUUUUAAUCUUCAUCUCCCUGAUCGCUCACGGGCACGCACAUGGACCAGACAGCUGUAACCACGAAGGGGGCUUGUGCCGCGUGGGGAACUGCAUCGCUGGCGAAUACCUGGCCAAGUACUGCUUCGAGCCCAUCAUUCUCUGCUGUAAAAGUCUGUCACCGACCACAGUAAAGAGCUGAAGGUGGCCAAAAGAGCAAACUGCAGCACGUGGAGAGCUGCAGGCUCUGCUGGCAAGGAACAGGCUGCAGCUGGUGAGGAAAUCCUGUGCCUUUCUGCGGCUGUGGCUUCCCUGCUCCAGCUCCCUGAGGCUGUGCAUUUGCUCAUAGACUUCUCAAUACAUCUUUUUUCCUUUUGCUGUGACUUUUUAAAUCCUCCCAGGUUAUAUAUCUGCCCCUUCUGGUGUCUGGUUGUUACCUGUCAUGCCCAGGUGAGGAAUUGCCUUUCUCCUUACCCCAAAACAAUAAACCUGAGGUUUAACAGAACGAGUGCCUGUCUGUGACUGCAGCUGGCACCCAGUACAGCCGCUGCUGGGGACAUGCUCUGCCACUCUCCAGGAGGGGACACAUCCUUCUUCUCCAUCUCUUUCAGUGCAACAGCUACAGUAGAGGUGUCCUGGGUUCAUCCCUCUUCCACGAAGCAGCAAGAGGAAGGAAAACCCCAGGCUUGCUUGUAUGAAGUGGAGGAAGGCAUAUGAAAGCGAUGCAGUGUUGCCCUUGGCUGCUCUCCUCACCCGUAGGCUGCAUUCCUUGUGCUCCUCCUUUUCUCUGUAGUCACCCAGCAACAUCUCAAAACAAUUAGAAUGUUUGCACCUGAUGCAAUCAUUAAAAAAAAAAAAAAAA